UGGAGAGUUUCUGAAAGAAAGUGACCAGGCAGAGAACAGAGACAGUAGCACCGGAAACCGGUGGCCACCGCAAGUCCGUCUUUCUUCUGUGUAACGCUGGAUAGUACGACCGUCUCUCCAGAGAGUUCAACCAGUUUUUCUCCACGCUGCAGCUGACUGACAGGCAGGAGGGAUCGACUAUCGUUUGUGUCCAAGAGAGCGAAGAGCAGAGCACAGGGCGAUGUCCAGCACCACGGGGCGAGGCCAUGGGGGUCUUAACCAACUAGGCGGCAUGUUUGUGAACGGACGGCCACUGCCGGAGGUGAUUCGGCAGCGCAUCGUGGACAUGGCCCACCAGGGCGUGCGCCCCUGCGACAUCUCCCGCCAACUGCGAGUCAGCCACGGCUGCGUCAGCAAGAUCCUUGGCCGGUACUAUGAAACGGGCAGCAUCAAGCCGGGGGUGAUCGGCGGAUCCAAGCCAAAGGUGGCCACGCCAAAAGUGGUGGAGAAGAUCGCGGAGUACAAGCGCCAGAACCCCACCAUGUUUGCUUGGGAGAUCAGGGACCGCCUGCUGGCCGAAGGAGUGUGUGACAGCGACACCGUGCCCAGCGUCAGUUCGAUAAACAGAAUCAUCCGGACCAAAGUGCAGCAGCCGUUCAACCUGCCCCUGGAUGGCAAAGGUCUGAGCCCUGGACAAACUCUCAUCCCCAGCUCGGCCGUGACGCCGCCGGAGUCGCCGCAGUCGGACUCCCUGGGCUCCACCUACUCCAUCAGCGGGCUGCUGGGCAUCCCGCAGGCCAGCGUCGAGGGCAAGAGGAGCCACGAUGACAGUGACCAGGAGAGCUGCCGGCACAGCGUGGACUCCCAGGGCAGCGGCAGCGCUCCCAGGAAGCACCUGCGGCCGGAGCACUUUCCCACCCAGCACCUGGACUGCGGUUUCGAGCGCCACCCCUACCCCGGCGACAGCUUCGGUGGCCCCGGGGCCGGGAAGGCGGAACAGACUCUGUACCCUCUUUCGCUCAUCAACGGCAGCCUAGAGGAGGGUAAAACGAGCCGGUCGGCCUCCAGCGCUGCCAUUGGACGCAACUUGACGGCGCACCAAGGCUACGCGGUGGUGGCAGAUGCCCUACAGCCCCUCCCGCUCUGUCUGAAACAGGAAGUGUCCCCCGAGGUGUCCAGUCCUAGCCCCUCCCCCAGCAUUGCACCCAGCUCCGCUUUCCUGGAGCUGCAGCCAAUCACGGCUCCCGCGUCCGUCAGUAGCGGCUGCGGCGGCUCCUCCCAUUUCUCUCAUGCCUUCAACACAUUCUCCCAUCAUGCACCGGUUUACGGGCAGUUCAGCAGCCAGUCCCUCGUAGCAGGCCGGGACGUCAUGAGCUCCACGCUCCCGGGGUACCCGCCCCACAUUCCCGCCGGCACGCAGACGGGCUAUUCCUCCUCCGCCAUCACCGGUAUGGUGGCAGGUGCGGAUUACUCUGGACAGACCUACGCGCCUUCACCCUACACCUCGUACAGCGAGGCUUGGAGGUUCACCAACUCCAGCAUCCUGGGUUCGCCCUAUUACUACAGCUCGGCGUCCCGCACCGCCCCCCCUUCCGCCACCGCCUACGACCACCUCUAGCCGCUGGGGGUCAUUCCACCGAAGGAGAAAGGCGAAGGAGAAGGGAAGAGGGGACACC